AUGCCCGAAAAAGGUUCAUGUACCGAUAUAUCAUGUGAUAAUGAAAUCAAAGAAUUAUAUGAAUGUCAUUGUUGUUUACGUCUUGUUUGUUUUCAUCAUUUGAGUAAACAUACUGAAAAAGUAAAAGAAAAUAAACAACGAUUGGGUAAUCUUCGUAAUGAAUUAAAUACAGUUGUAUAUACACUGAAACUAAAUAUUGAACGUGAACAAAAUGUAGUUGAACAAGCAAAAAAAAUUUUUGACGAACCCAGUAGUUCAAUAGAUGAAUUAAAAAAUAUUAUCGAAAAAAUUAAUCAAACAAUCGUAUCAAAUCGUUUAGGAGAAAUCACAGUGAAAGUCGAACCGUCAUUAUCAGAAACUAAAUAUUGUUCAUGUUCUUGCAAAUGUAAUAAGGAAAACAUGGAUUCAAAUGGUAAAAUGAAAUUUCUUUCUAAAAUAUAUUUGUUUGUUUUGGUUGAACCCUCAAUAAAACUAGUUGUAGAUCAACAUGUAAAUGAAGAAAAUAAACCUAAACAAAAACCAUAUAGAAGAAUUUUUCGUAAAUGUCCAUUAACAUUCAAUGGAGCAUAUGGUCUUACUGAAGCAAAUCAUUCUAUUGAAUUUUGUAAGCAAGGAAAAACUCGUCAAUUCGAAUUAUAUAUUCAUUUUAUUAACAAGCAUCGAUUAAAAAAUGUUUAUGCUCAACGUUUAGUACGAGCUGUUGUUGAACGUCAAGAUCCUAGGAUAACAAAAUUGUUCAAUAAAAAUGAAAAUGUAAUUAAUCAUUUUUAUAAAGUUCCAUGUCCAAUUUGUUGUGGACAAAUUAAUUCAUCAGAAUAUAAUGAACGAAACGGAGUAACUGUAACCUGUAAACCUCGAUUUAUUAUACUUCACCAAUUAAAACAACAUUUACAACGUGAUCAUAAGGUUUCUAGUUUGUUGGCAAACAAAUUAGUUGAUGAUAUCAAAGAAAAUCAAACAAAAAAUGAUAGUGACUCAGUUCUAUUAGUUCCCUCAACAUCAUCAAAAUGA